AUGGAUAUGCCAUCAGAAAAAGUAAUUGCACAGCGUCGCAGGCACACAAGAUUCUCGAACAUUAUUGGUGCUGAUUUGCAGAGUCCUCGUUUGUAUCAUCCACGAGUAAUAACUAUGUCGGUCAUAGGAACAAUAACAAUCUCAGUGAUACAACUUAAUGGCUUAUAUAAAGCAUGGCCUAAUAUUCUUAGCAUUUGUCAGACAUUGUUUUUUAUUCCGUUGAUUCUGCAAAUUUUCUCAAGAAUUAUAAACCGCUAUGGACUAAAUGAUGAAGCCAUAAAUCGAGAACUUCUAGAAAGAUUGAUGCAGUUCAACAGAAAUCAUGAAAAUAAUUUAAUUUAUCGGCUUGUGCUGCUCAAAAAAUUAAACUUUUAUUAUAGUUUUUUCAAUGCGACAUCACUUGGAUACUUUAUUGUAAUUCACAUGCCAUUCAUUGGAAUUAUUGCAUCUGCAGCUUUUUCAGGAACGUAUCAACUGAUGGCACCUAUUUAUUUGCCAUUUGUUGAUGCCACUAAGCUUUGGGGCUUCAUUGUCAAUGCAAUUGUUCAACUGUUACUGACAGAGAUAACUUUUUUUGCAUUAACUACUCUUGACUUUCAAUUCAUGUUCUACAGCUAUCAUAUAGCUUCAAUGUUUGACAUUUUAAGUAUGAAGUUUACAGAAUUCGGCAAUAAAUUGACUGAUCAUCCACGUUCGAAUUUUAAAUAUAUUGUGAGGAAGUUUAUCAUUAGAGUUCAUAAAGAUCCAGCUGAGAGAAGCAAUAAAGAAAUGCUAAUUCACCUGAUUAAGGACUAUUACAAAAUCACAAAGUACACAUCAUUGCUGUUUAAAGAAAUGAAGAUUCCAGUCUUUAUGACAAUCACUUCUGGAGGUUUUGCACUUUGCCUUUCUGCACUGACGAUGCUUUCGAACUCAACAAUCAUCGGAGCUUUGGGCAUUUUCUUUUACAUGACACAAAUUGCGACUUCGUGUAUCCUCGUGACUUUUGUCAUUCAUCAAUAUGAAAUGUUCCUCAAUAGAAUUUACAAAUUUCCAUGGUACUUGCUGUCAAAUUCGGAUCAGAAAAUCUUCUUGCAGUAUUUGCAGAUUUGCCAAAAUUUUGACGAUUUUGAAUUGCCAAUGAUUGGAACGGUUGAUAUGGAAUUAUUUACGACUGUUGUCAACACUGAUUUUAACAGUUUUUAA